UCGGAAAUCGGAACACAUUUGUUUGUGGUACUCCAGUCCUUACCUCGGCGUCGACUCGUACGUUUAAAUCUAGCUCCACUUAUACCGGAGAUACGACACCCCCAGAGUUUGCGUACACGCGCACGUCCGCAAUGGAGCGCGAGGCGUGGCUGCUAUGUGCAGCGCUCGCCGCGGCGAUGGUCUACUACUACUACUACUACCUCGCCUGCACGACGCGCCGCGCACAGCGGCGUCUGCCUCCUGGGCCGACGCCGCUGCCGGUGAUCGGCAACGUGCUCAGCCUGAGCGGCGACAUGCACCACGAGCUUGCGCGCCUCGCACGGGAGCAGUACGGGCCCGUGAUGACGCUGAAGCUGGGCCUCUUCACCGCCGUGGUCGUCUCCUCGCCCGACGCGGCGAGGGAGGCGUUCACCAAGCACGACCGGCGCCUCGCGGCGCGCACGGUGCCGGACAUCAGCCGCGCGCGCGGGUUAACCGGCCGGUCCAUGAUAUGGCUGCCGAGCUCCGACCCGCGCUGGAAGACGCUGCGCAGCGCGGUGGCCACGCACUUCUUCUCGCCACGGAGCCUCGCCGCUGCCCGCGGCGUCCGCGAGCGCAAGGUGCGGGACAUCGUCAACUACUUCGCCGGGCACGCCGCGGAGGUGAUCGACGUCGGCGAGGCCGUGUACGGCGGCGUUAUCAACAUCGUGUCGAACGCCUUCUUCUCCGCCGAUGUGGUUGACGUCGGCAAGGAGUCGGCGCACGGGUUACGGGAAACAUUGGAGGACAUCAUCUUGGCGAUCGCGAAGCCGAACGUCUCCGACCUUUUCCCCUUCCUCCGCCGGCUCGACCUGCAGGGAUGGCGUCGCUGGGCGGAGAAGCGCUACGACAAGGUGUUCGGCAUCUUAGAUGACAAAAUCAACAGCCGCUUGGCCGACGCCGACGCUGACGCCUCGACGAAGAAGCACGGCGACUUCCUGGACUCCCUCCUCGAGCUCAUGUCCGCCGGCAAGAUCGCCUGCGACGACGUGACCACCGUAAUGUUUGACGCCUUCGGCGCCGGGACCGACACGAUCUCCAACACGGUGGUCUGGGCAAUGGCGGAGCUACUCCGCAACCCGAGCAUAAUGGCGAAGGUGCGCGCGGAGAUGGAGGACGUCCUCGCCGGCAAGAAAACCAUCGAGGAGAACGACACCGAGAAGCUGCCGUACCUCCGGGCCGUGAUAAAGGAGGCAAUGCGGCUUCACCCGGUGGCGCCGAUCCUCCUGCCUCACCGGGCGGCGGAGGACGGCGUGGAGAUCGGCGGCUACGCCGUGCCGAAGGGCUCGACUGUGAUAUUCAAUGUGUGGACUAUCAUGCGAGACCCUGCAGCGUGGGAGAGGCCGGAGGAGUUCAUGCCGGAGAGGUUCCUGCAAAGAGCAGAGGUGGAUUUCCGAGGUAAAGACUUCGAGUUCAUCCCGUUCGGGGCCGGAAGGAGGCUGUGCCCGGGGUUGCCGAUGACAGAGCGCGUCGUGCCAUUCAUUUUGGCGUCGCUGCUUCAUGCGUUCGAGUGGAGGCUCCCUGUCGGUGUGGCAGCGGAGACUUUGGAUCUUAGUGAGAAGUUUACUACUGUCAAUGUUCUUGUUACUCCACUCAAGGCCAUCCCCAUACUUGCCUCUCAUCAAAUUUAAGUGUAGUAGUGGUACGUACUAGGAUACUAGCAUACUGUCUGCAUGUUCACGAGAAUAGGUUUACUUCACAGUUUAAAUGUCAAAUAAAACUAUUAGAAGAUACUACUGCCACUUCUCUUAUUCUUCAACAACCCCGGUACUUCAAUCCCUAUCAAUUCUUGCAACCUUUAAGUUUCAAGCUACGCAACGCUAUGCAUAUUAGUGGUAGCAUAUUAAAUUCGGUAUAUCACAUAUAUACAUAAACACACACGGCGAGAAUACCGCAUAUCAGUUCCUAAACGGAGAUAAAUUCUCAAAUAAGGAUAGGGUCAGCAGACAAGAAAGGAGUUACUACCGACUAAGAGCAAGAACAAUAGCAGACUAUAAGACGGUUAUAAGCACAUGAAGGAGGGAUUAGAGAGGAGAGAGAAGAAAAGUGGGUUAUAAAUUUGAUUUUGGAAGGCUGUUUUAGGUUCUUCUCCCGGCAUCAUUCUGAUUUGGUGGUAUCCUGCUCUCAAGUCCAGUUUGGAGAACCACUUUGAACCAUGUAAUUCAUCCAACAAUUCUUCUAUAAUAGGAACAGGAUAUUUGCUCUUGA